AUGAGCCAUAGAUCUCCAUAUCUUCAAAACAGCCCGUUUGUGAACACCGGUGAUGAUGUGCAUGAACAAAGUGCCAAUUUGGCUAAUAUAGCCGUGCUUGGAAAUAGCGACGAUGAUGAAAAUGCAUUGGAUAUAGAAGAAGAGUAUAUCCCUCAUUCUACAAGCAAACCCACGCCAAUCGGGAAACAAUUUCAGCAACCGUCCAGUUCAAGUAUACUAUCGUCAGAAUCUAUGCCUUUGAUAACCACCACAUCGAAAUACACAGAUGAACCUUCUCCACCAGAUCUUGAAAUGCAUCCAAAUAUACUUGAUAAACUUCACCAUUCCGAGAAACCACCAGUGCCAAGCAAACUCCAUCAAUACUUGGUAAAACCAGCGGGAUUCAUUCCAGCCGUGUUUCUCGGAACAUUGCUUAACAUCUUGGACGGUCUCUCCUAUGGGAUGAUCAUGUUCCCCAUUGGUGAAGCCAUCUUUUCUCAUUUGGCACCUACUGGGUUAUCCAUGUUUUACAUGUCAUGUAUCGUGUCCCAAUUAAUUUAUUCACUUGGUGGAUCAGCAUUCAAGACAGGGAUAGGUUCGGAAAUGAUUGAAGUCACCCCGUUCUUCCACACAAUGGCACUUAGCAUCGCCAGUGAAAUGAAAGGAGAAUCAGACGAGGCAAUCAUUGCUACUACAAUAACCACCUACGCCAUCAGCUCAUUAGUCACAGGGGCAGUAUUUUAUCUUUUGGGAAAAUGUAAUUUGGGUGCACUCGUUGGAUUUUUCCCCCGGCAUAUAUUGGUGGGGUGUAUUGGAGGUGUCGGAUACUUCUUAGUGGUAACUGGAAUAGAAGUAUCUUCCAGAUUAGAAGGAGGAUUACAAUAUAACUGGGAGACAUUUGAAUUUUUGUUUCAGACUUCCUUGCUUCAAUGGGUCACACCAUUACUCCUUGCGGUAUUACUAAUACUACUUCAACAUAAAUAUCACAACACCAUGCUUGUACCAGCAUACUUCAUAUUAGUGUUCAUAAUCUUCCAUCUUGUCGUGCUUAUUGUUCCAUCAUGGAAUUUGGGCAUAGCUAGAGAUAACGGAUGGGUGUUCCAUUUAGUUGAGGGUCACGAACCAUGGUAUCAGUUUUACACCCUUUAUAAAUUCCCCAUAGUUGACUGGUAUUGCAUUAUCCGCCAAAUACCCACCAUGCUUGCCCUUACAUUCUUUGGAAUCCUUCACGUGCCUAUCAACGUCCCUGCUUUAGCUGUAACUGUGGGCAUGGAUACUGUUGAUGUCAAUCGUGAAUUGGUCGCGCAUGGGUAUUCCAAUUUCAUUUCAGGUUUAGUAGGAUCAAUCCAGAAUUACUUGGUUUAUACUAAUUCCGUAUUAUUUAUUCGUGCCGGUGCCGGUACCGAAGAUAGACUUGCAGGUGUUAUGCUCGCCAUUGCCACCAUAGGAGUGAUGGUUACUGGUCCCGUAGUGAUUGGUUAUAUCCCCGUGUGCGUUGUCGGUGCAUUGAUUUUCUUAUUGGGAUAUGAAUUAUUAAAGGAAGCAGUGUAUGAUACCUAUGGAAGACUUCGUGUUAUUGAGUACACAACGAUUCUUAUCAUUGUCAUAACCAUGGGUGCAGUUGAUUUCGUCGCUGGUAUCCUUGUUGGUAUUCUACUCGCUUGUCUUCUGUUUGUCGUUGAAGCAGGUAGGUCACCAGUGGUGUCGAGUGUCCAUUCAGGAAUUGUGGCUAGAUCGACGGUUUUGAGACACCCCAAGCAACAAGAAUUCUUGAAGGAUGUCGGUAAUCAAAUCUGUAUUGUCAAACUUCAAGGAUCAAUCUUUUUCGGAUCUAUUGGUGGGGUUGAGACGGUGAUUAGAACGAAAUUCACGGCUGAUCAAUUCCUGAAUAAUCCAUUAAAGUAUCUUAUUCUAGAUAUGAAGGAUGUUCUUUCCAUAGAUUUCAGUGCCGCGGAAGGAUUCAGAAGGGUGUUGAACCUAGUUGACCAAUUUGGAACCAGAUUGAUUAUUAGUUCGGUUGAAGAGGAUGGUGAUAUGGUUAGAGGAUUGCGCGAUGCUGGGUUGUUUGAUGGCGAGGCCGUGGUUUUGUUUAGUUCAUUGAAUAAUGCCUUGGAAUGGUGUGAAAAUUGUUUCUUGAAAACAUAUAGGCGAAUCAAGACUAGUGCCAGUGCUGUACCGGCAGCAUCAUCACCCACCUGUACUUCUGCCGCUACUAGCAGGCUCAUUCCAUAUAAACCAAAUGUACCAAAGUAUAUUGUCGGAACACCAAGGACAACACAAGUUUAUCAAGCAGCUACAAAGACAUUAAGUGAAUAUGAUCCUAAUAACAAAUUAGCAUUUAAAAAACAACAGCCACUUACAUUGUUGAUGAUUACAUUCCAUUUGUUAUCGGAAAAACCCGAGGAAUUCUGGGCUCCACUUGCAUCAUGUUUCGUUAAGGAAACCAUUCCCAAAGAUUAUGCAUUCUACGAUACAUCUACUUCCCUGCCCCAGUUUUUCCUUGUUGAAAGCGGAUUAAUUCGUUCGGUGAUUAUGUUUGAAAAUGAAGGUAGGAGCUUACACAGUAGUAUAUUGCCCCUUGUUGCAUUUGGAGAUAUGACUGAUGUGAAAAAGUUUAGACGGUGCGUUUAUACGACCGUAUCUGAUUCCGUGGUGUGGAGAUUAGAUAUGUCCAAGUUGCCAUCGGUUGAUCAAGAUAUUCUAAACGAGUUACUCAGAAUUGAAGGGAUGUUGGUGAGAGAAAGAUUCGAUAGCAUGACUGCAAAUUUGCUUAUAUCGGGGUAG